CCCACCCUCCCUCCCCACCGGCCCCGCCUCCCCCACCGCCUGCCUCCCCUCCUCCCUAGCCGUAGCUUCGAUUUUUCGAGCUCUCUCAGUGCCUGUGACUUCCUCGUGUCUGCUCCCGUGGUGAGGUGACAUCGACCUCGACCUCGACCUCGACUACUUCGUCUACGGUGUAGCUUGAGAAUGGCUGAUCGUCGGUGGAUGUACAGUGGCCGCCGUAGUCGGAUAGACCGGGAUGAUGAUUGGAUGAAAAACACGGCAUAUUUCUUGGAGGUUGCAUUUGCUACAGGAGAAGAGCGUGCUUGGUGCCCUUGUAGUUGUUGCAAUAACAAGACACGACACACAAAGGAUGAGAUGGGCAAUCACUUGGUGUUGUAUGGGUACACGCCAAACUAUACCCGAUGGGGCUACCAUGGUGAGCAAGAGGAAAGAGGAAGAGAGGAGGUCGUGUGAAGGCGCACGGAUAACUAUGAUACGGGGUUCCAGGACAUGCUAGAUGAUUUGGAGGAAGCAUGCGUUCCAACGGAGGUAAGAACGGGAGGCAACCUCUAAGGCCUAUCUUGAUAUGCUGGCGGAGGCAAGCACAGAUCUGCAUGCUCACACAAAGGUCAAUAAGCUGGAUGCCGUUAAUAGAAUAAUGGCUGUGAAGACCCAGUUCAACUUGAGUAGAGAAUGGUUUGAUGUGAUGAUGGCAGUUAUCGGUAGUCUCCUCCCGGAAGGCCACCUUUUGCCUAAAAGCAUGUACGAGGCGAACAAAAUGCUUAGUGUACUUAAGUUGCCGGCUCAGUGCCUACAUUCAUAUAAAAAUGGAUGCACGGUUUUUGACAGAGAAUACGCGGAUGCCAAGCAUUGUUCCAAGUGCAAUUUCUCUAGGUAUGUCGAGGUAGACCACGGGAAGGGUCUGGUGCAGUCGAAAAUACCCCAUAAAGUUCUUAGUAUGCUUCCAUUCUCAGAAAGAAUUGGCCGGAUGAUGCUAUUCGACGUGCCUGGCAAAGCUGUGACGCAUCACAAACUGGGAAAGAAAUACAAAUACGACAAGGAUCAUAGGCCGAUGUUGACACAUCCGUCGGAUGGCGAAGCAUGGAAGGAUUUUGAUUGGAAGUAUCCGGUGAAAGCCGCGGAGCCUCGGAAUGUUCGAGUUGCCAUCACAACUGAUGGGUUCAAUCCAUUUGGCAUGACGAGUGCCCCAUACAGCUACUGGCCAGUGUUUGUAAUUCCGCUCAAUCUUCCUCUCGGAAUGAUAAUGCAACGGAAGUACAUGUUCUUGGCGCUGAUAAUUCCAGGACCAGAAUAUCCAGGGAAGAACAUUAAUGUGUAUAUGCGGCCCCUGAUGGAGGAGUUGAAAAGAGGUUGGGAGGAAGGGAUCAUGGUGUACGACAAAGCUACCAAGACAAACUUUAGGAUGCAUAUCUGGUUCCAGUUCUCCAUUCAUGACCACCCAGGGGGAUCUAUACUCUCCGGCAAAGGCUUGCAGGGGAAGUUCAUGUGCCCACACUGCGGGACUGAUCUGGAGUUCUAUCGGCUUGCUCAUGGUCGCAAGUAUUGUUGCUUCGAUCUGCACAGGCGAUUCCUCCCGCCUAACCAUCCGUUCAGACAAGACAAGAAGAACUUCAGGAAAUGUGUGGUCGUCGAAGAGGGGCCACCCCGUUAUCGCACCGGUUCUGAGCUUCUUUCUGAGCCGGAUGCUCUUUUGCCCGACCCGACACAAUCUGACAAGUUCCUGGGGUAUGGUGAUACACACAACUGGACUCACAAGUCAUGCUUCUGGGAGCUCCCCUACUUCAAAGACAUUAUUCUUCCACAUUGUAUUGAUGUGAUGCACACCGAAAAGAAUGUCGCCGAAGCCCUUUUCAACACAAUUCUCAACAUUAUUGACAAGACGAAAGAUAAUCCAAAGGCUAGAAAAGAUCAAGAAGAACUUUGUGAUAGACCACAACUAAGCAUUAAAAAGGUGCCAGGCAGGUCAGACAUCAGGCCAAAGGCCCCGUUCGCUCUCGACAGAGACCAAAUGAUGGAAGUCCCCCGCCUAUUUAGGGUUCUGGUCGAGAUUUGGGUGAGCUGGGGGUGAGAAUAAAGGAGAGUAAGUAGGCUCGCGUGGAAUCCCUUUGCCGAAGGUAGCUCGCGUGGAAUCCCUUUGCCGAAGGUCCUGGCAAAAAGUCUUUCAGAAAAGCUAGGUUCUCCGGUAGAACUAAAUUGAAGGGAGCAACAUGGGAAUGGGUUUUCCAAAAAAAAAAAGAAUUGAAAAGGUGCUACAAAUAAAAACCCAUAGAAAGAAUCGUGAACGCCAUGUCAUCAGGAUUACGGUCAGAAUUGUCAUUUGGACCUAAUGUGUGCCCGCAAACCAAGUUUAGGGGUACCUAUGAUAGAUUUUCAAGUGUUGGACUAAACUAAUUAAGCCCGGGUGCCAAAUUCAUGGGCCUCCAAUGCGAUUCCCUCAAUUGGAAAUAUAUUACCAAACAAAUUAAGUUGCGCUGCAUGAAGAUGUGAAGUUUUCAUGAUACGAUGCUGCAGUUUAAUGCAUAUUUUCCAUUAUGAGUGAAGAGAGAUAUGAUGGCGUCCAUAUACGGUUAGAUCGAUUCUAGCAUUGGUUAACCGGAAAAAAGAAAAAUAUUCUAGGAUAGGUUAAUACAUACUCCGUAUGUGUGGAUCUCGAGUAAACUCUAUAAAUGCAGUGUGGUCAACUGGUGCAUGAUACUGCAUACGUAGGAAAUCACAAGUAACUAAGAAAGCACAUGCACGGAUCAUUCAUGCAGAGACGUUGCCAUAGUUUUUGGGCGAUGUUUCAUGCAUCCAGAUUGUGUGGGAUGCGAUCACAUGAAGGAUUAGAUAUUGCAGAACGGUUUUACAGUUCGAGGAAGACCGCUAGUUCUAGGGUAUUAAAAUUGGAAAUUAAUAAGCCAUAUGGCAGUCAUUUAUCUUGGACUAAAAUUUAUGCUAGAUUAUGCGUGCAGUAGCUAGUAGUUACAAUUAAUUAAUAUGUGUCAAAAUACGAGCAGCAUCGACCAUCAGAUCGAAGUUGUCCCUCCACGUACAGCUACUACAUAUAUACAUAAUUGUGCUUAAAAAAAUAUAAACAACAAAAAAUCUAAAUACCGAUAUGUGAAGUCGUCCUUUAAUUAAUUCCAUAUAGCUCCACCGCCGAAACCAACCAAGAGGCGCUAGCUCCUCAGAGUGACAGCUAGGUUGCUGGCACGUUGUUGCCUAUAAAAACAGCAUCGCCCGGCACUCGUAAGAGCACCAGUACUACACACUCUCAGUACUUGCCAUCUUAAUUCUCUUGGCCAUAUCUUUCCUUGGUACGAAUAUCAAUCAAUGGCUGCCUCCACGCUUAAGAUGGCGGCCGGGUGUGCCGUGCUGGUCAUCGUUCUGUCCACCGUGGGGCAGCCGGCGAUGGCCGCUGACUUCCUCGGGUUAGUUGUGCCAACUUGCAGUACUAGCAGGUAUGUUUGCGAACAAAACUGCAGAGAUGUCUGCAAGGACUUCGCAGAGAAGGUAUUGUGCGAGAAACUCAUUUGCGGCGUGCAAGGGACGGCGCUGCAAGUGCUGGGCAAGACCUGUGUUGAUGUAUUCACCCCUGGAUGUGAGAAAUCCUGCGUGCAGCUGUGCCUGGCCAUACCCACCUAGCUUCCAACGGGCCCCUCAUCACCGCCUGCAGCGUGGGUAUGCCGGCCAUUAAUCCGAGUUUAUUUACCAUCUAUACCAUCAUUCUGUAACACUAGAUUGGUGAAACAUUCGCAUAUGCUCACCUCUGGUUUUCCCUUCUAUUUAUCUAUAUUCAAUGUUUCCUAUUUCACAAUUUGUGGUGCACCCGCGAUCAUGUAAUGUUUUACUACUACUAUUAAUAAUGUACCCAUGAGUUGCACGCUAUAUAUAGAUGAAUAAAAAGUAUCGUGUCAGUCUUUCUUUUU